GACGAGGACGAAGAGGAGGUGGUCUUGCGAGCUACUUCGGUGUAGACGUUAGACCGAAGUCGGUUGUAUUAGGAGGUUUGUUGAUCGUUAAUAUUGUCGCCAUGUACCCUGGCUCAUGGCUGUGGGCUCUGUGGUUGCUGUUGGUCGGCGCGGUAGCAGCUCAGAAAACAGCUGCUGCAGUGGCGGCAACGUCUACGGACGUUGCGGCAUGUCCGGAACGAUGCAUCUGCCCAAAAAAGAGGGUCGGUGACAAGUUCAGCAAAGUCAAAUGUGGUGGGCUCGAUAAGCCUGUCAUGUAUCUCAGCGAGAUACCCCUGGUUCAGCUGUCCAACUUUACGGGAGUCACAUUCUUGGAUCUGUCCAGCAACGUUAUUGCUGCUCUGCCCACAAACGCCAUACCUAUUCUGACUUUACAAAAGCUAGAUUUGACCAAAAACCUAAUCUCUAUUAUUCAUGAUGGAGCUUUUCGCGGCACACCAAAUCUUAAAAUAUUGACACUGACUGACAACAAACUUAGAAAUAUAUCUCAAGGCAUGUUUGAAGGGCUCUUUUCAUUAGAACAAUUGAAAAUAAACAAAAAUAGUAUUGCUCAAAUACCUGGCAAUACUUUUACAUUUUUGAUUCAUCUCACUAGACUAGAUAUAUCAGACAACCCAUUAGUUUGUGAUUGUGAAAUUUCUGGUUUUCUUGAGUGGGUCAAAAGAAAAGUUAAAUUAGGACCGAAAUCUGAAUGUCAUGAACCAACUUCCUUGAAAGACACACCUAUUAAAAAUAUACGCCUAGAUAUGUUGAACUGUGUGCGCCCAAAAUCAAAUACACCUCCAGCCAUCGAAAUUUUACCUUUCACAAAUCUUGUUCUCUUUGAGGGAGAUUCAACAGAACUAUUAUGUCGUGCUGUUGGAACAGAUGCUCUAGAAGGUAUUAUUUUGACUUGGAACAUAAAUGCAUUAAAUACUAAUGCAUCCAUUAUUAUUACUGACGGAGAUUUUGAAAACACUGGUUUGAUUCAAAGUAAUUUGUCAAUAGCAAAACUUAAUACAAAUCAUACAGGAAAAUAUGAAUGUAAAUUGAACUCUUCUAGUGGAACACGAAUUCAAUCAAUUUCACUGACUGUUAUUUCAAAUAAAACUAAAUUCUGUGGAGUUGAAGAAAGUAAAGACAAUAAAGGAACAUAUGCAUGGACUCGUACCGUCUCAGAUGUAAUAACUGUUAAACAAUGUCAAGCAAAUGAAGAAGUUGAACCUUUAGCUAGAGGUACAGUCAGUAGACAUUGCAAUUUGAAUGGUAUAUGGGAAGUACCUGAUACUCUAGACUGUCCUUACACUAGCCCAACCACUCGUAUUUUUUACACACAAUCCAAGACAAAUGUUACUCAUAAAGAUAGCUCAGAAACAGCUAGGCAGUUAUUUAAUUACACGAGAGAUCAUUUUAAUGAAAUUAAAGAUAAUCUUGAUGUUAGUUUUAUGGCAGACAUAGUUGAUGACUAUUUGGAUGUAAUACGCAAUGAAAAAUCGUUAGCACCAAUCGUAGUAGAUUUAAUAAGUUUGAUGGCUGAACUACCUAGAGAAUUACUAUUAGCCGCUCAAAAGAAUGAUAAAUCCACCUCCAGACUUGUAAAUGCUUUGGAAACUUCAUUAGAAUUUGCUUCAACAUUAAAUUCCCGAUGGACAUCAGCUAUAGCGAUGGAAGAAUUUAUUAUUUCAAAAGAAAAUUUCAAUGGUUUAAUAUGUAUUUGGGGUCGAGACCAAGAUUCUCCAACUACAAUGAAUUCAUUGAUGUGUCAUGUUUAUAACAAUGAUAGUCUUUAUCAAAACAAAAUUAUUGAAGCAUCAAUAAAAGUACCAAAUUCGUUAUUUAUGAGUGAUUCAAAGACAGAUUUGCUUACUAAUGAAAUAAAAUUAGUAUUCAUAGUGUACGAAGAUGGAAAAAUGUUCCCCGAGCCAAUGAUAACAGCUGAAGACAAUGUCACAUUACUGCCUACAGAAAUAAAAUCUUGCAUUUUAGUAACAAAAUUGGUUGGUGUUGAAAUGGAAAUUUUACCAGAACCACUCAUUUUAACAUUACGUCAACCUGAAAAUUAUGAUCAUUAUUUGACAAUGAGGCCAAGCCCAUCAUGGUGGAAUCCUUUAUCGGGAUUAUGGGAUAUAAAUCCAAACACCAGUUGUCAGCUAGCACGUAUUACUGGUGGCAUGUUGGAGUACACGUGUAAUAGAUUUGGUUAUUUUGCAUUGACCAUGAGCCCAACAUUGGUGCAUAAUAUUUUUCCUCCGACAAAUAUUACUGCUACAAAAAAAACAAAGUUGUUUGCCCAUACAUCAAUUUAUAUUGGGACUUUUGUUGGAAGUACGUUUCUUUUAUUUUCAGUCACUCUCUAUGUGUUACUCAAUAACAACAUACAAAUGGCUAAAAAAUUGAAACACUCUCUUCCCAAUACUUGGUUUGCAAUGUCAAUGUUUUAUUUAAUCUAUUGUAAUGGUAUUCAUCGGACUGAAAAUCCUAGAACUUGCCAAAUAAUAGGAUUGCUGAUUCAAUUUUUCAGUUUAGCUCCAUUGUUUUGGAUGACAGUAACUAUUAAAGUUUUGUGUAAACGGGUACAUAAGCCAUUCCUUCCAGCUGGCACUCCAUCUGACGACGGCGGUGGUAUGAAUAUUCCACACGAAGAUGUUGUGGUAAAAAAGCCACUAUUGGGUAUAUAUAUGGUUGGCUGGGGCAUACCAAUGUUAUUGUGUGGAAUGUCAAGUGCUGUCAAUUUGCCUGGUUAUGGAGGACACGAAGGAGAUUAUUGCUUCUUAAAACCGGGUCCUGCUUUUGGUUUUAUUCUUAGUGUUGCUUUAGUUGUUGUUAUCAGCAUCUUCUUCCUCAGUUUAAUUGUUUCCUGUGUUGCCAACGAUCUCGACUCCAAUGUACAACUUUCAGAAGGUACUCAAGCUACUGACUUGGAACUAUUGGAUCAGACAAAUAGCAUGGUGGAACACAAUAGUUGUCGUAGCCUCACAACUCCGUCAAGCAAAGUAGAAGAUCCCGAACAGUCUCCUGUUGUCCAACUGAGAUUUUUCAAUGGAACUCUAUUGGGAUACUUGUUGUCUGUUGCAAUGACUUAUUUUAAUGUAGCAGUUAUGCACAGUCCAACUAUACAACUAUGGUUAGGUGUAUGGUUUGCUUGUUUCAAUAUAUUUCAAAACUUUUUGAUAAUGUGGUUUUACAUAUUUGUACGAAAUGAUGUUCAGAAUGCAUUUGUAGAACUGAAAGAACAUCGCUGGGGAAGAAAAAAAGUCGUUGAUUCAGUCCGUGCUCCAUCCAUUAGAACUGAUAGUUUUCAAUCUGUGAGGCCAAAGUCCAAUAGUGAAGUUGUAUCACUGCAAUCAUUUAGAUCACCUCAAUUACAACUUGUUAUGAUGCGACAUCAAUUAAAUGCAGAACGUCAAAUUGAUUAUUACAAUCCACAUCAAAUAACUGUAGCGAAGAGGUUUUUUAAGAAACAAAGAAGGAAACAAAAUAAUUUACCUCGACGUCCGCCAUUGACUUCACCAGAACUAACAGACAAUGGUGUUUACUACUGUCAAAAUGGUAAAACCAAUAACCUACGGUUGGAACUAAAACAAAAUGGUGUAUUCUCAGACAGUGCCAUUACUGAUCAUGAGUAUGUUGAGGUAGAUGGCCGUACACAAUAUCGACAUAAAUAUAUGCAACCACCAAGAGAUUACUCUACCGAAGAAUUUGUAACCAGCCAAAUGAGUGGUGCUAGUUGUGAAGGUAUUUCAGACAGCGUCACCGAUUGUGGACGGAACAUAAGCGAAAAAGAAACUUGCAGUAGUCCUCAUGUGAUAGUGUCUGACUGUUCUAGUGCAAAUCCAUUAAAUCACACAUAUGAAACAAUUACGCCAAAAAAAGAGAGAUGGACGGAUGCCAACAAAAGAAAAAAGGACAUGAGAAAAUCUCAUAAAACAUCUGGUUAUACGCUUGCCAGAACUAAUAAAUCUGAUAGUGACGAAAAUGACGAGACUUGUGUUUAGAAAAAUAAACCUCGUGACUGAGUUAAAGAAACUUCAUAGUCUAAUGUAUCUCCCAUUAUAAUUUUAUUAACCUUUGGUAUCUUUUCCUAGUUGAAGUAUUAAAAUAUCAAGUAUUAAACAUGUAUUUAUUAGCUAUAUAUAGAUAUAAUGUAUUUAUAUUUUUAAUAUUUAUUUAUUAUUGACAUUGAUACUGUUUUUUAUCCAAGUACUUCCUAUGUCCUUUAGGUCUUAUUCAUAUGUAUUUUUGUUGUAUAACUAAUUAAGGCAUUUAUAUUCUCGUGUUUAAUUUAAUAAUUAAAAUUAAUCUCAAUUGAAGAAAGAUUGUUACAAUUUGUGCAGCUUAGUAAUAAAAUAAUCCCACCGCACCCUUCAAAUAAAUUUAAAUUUGGAUGUAUUGUUUCUUAUUUAUUUAUACUUAAAAUUGGAAACUUUAGUUUAACACUGACAUAUUUUAUUUCAUGCUAGUUUUUGUAGUUUAUUUAUUUAUUGUUAGUUAUUAUAAUUAUAAAAUGUUUAGUAGGUAUUAUGUUUAUUUGAGUUGUAAUUAAUUUUAAUUUUGUACCUAGUUUUUACAGGUAAUCCAGCUGUACUACUGCCAUUUUUGUUAGUUAUUUUUUUCUUAUGUUUAUAUGAUAUAUAACAAUAAUUAUUUGUACAGUCUUAAUUAAUAACACAUAAUGACUUUGAUUUUUGAAUUGUAGCUUUUAACAUACACAUUAUUAAUUAGGUAUAGUUUGUUUAAUUCAUAACUCACAACAUCAUUCUGUAGUUUUAUUAUGAAUUCCACUUAGAAAUAGCAUGUACUUAAUUUUUAAAUAGGAAUUAUUAUACUUAUUUCUGUGUAUACGAUAAUAUUAUUUAAGUUAUUUACUAACCAUUAUCAGUGAUUCUUAAGAUCUGUAAAUUAUAUUUAAAAAAUUGAACUCAUCAAGUUUGAAAAUUUUAUAAUUUUCCAAAUAUAAUAUUUAUAUUAUGUAGUGUAUAUGUUACAUAAAUAUUUUUAAAAUUCUGUAUAUUCUGAUUUAUUUAGUAUUAAUUGCAGCUCAAUUAAACCGAAGUAUAAGUAUUACAAUUUAAACAAAACUUGAUCAGUAUUCUAUGUAUGUGUGUACCAAUAUUAAAUUGUGCUUAAUAAGUUGUAACUAAUAGAAAUUUUUUAUGUACUAUUAUUUUUUCUACUUUUUUAUUAUUAAAUUUGCAUUAAAUAUAUAUUGAAAAUAAGUACUUGUAUUAAAAUAUAAUAAUUAUUAUACAU